AAGAUAGAAGAGAGUUCAUUCGCUUUAUGGAUCAUCGAUCAUCAUCGUUGGCAUGAGUAGCAGCGGCGACGGUGGUGGUGGUUAUGCUGCUGCUGCGGGCUUCCAAGCUCGACCUCCUUCCCAAAUCUCAGCCCUGUUCUUCUUCGUCUCCGUUCUCCUCCUCUUCUUCUAUCUCUUCUCUCCUAUUCGAGCCUCACUCCAGCUCCCUUGCCCUCAUGCUCUCCGACUCCACCUUCCUCAUCUUCCCCUCCUUCUCGCCUUACCCCUCCACUCCCAUACUGUCGCGUCCCUCCCCACCGUCGUUCCUCCGAUCUCUACCGCCGCUUGCUUCCUCCGCCUCCUCCCCAACCCUAGUUCCGAUCCUGGCCAUGUCCUCUUCGUCUCUGCGUCUCCGCACUCUGCUGGCUCCGGGAUCCUCCUCCGUGCUUGGAUUCUCCUCCGCCGCCUAGCCUCCGCUGACUUUUUCGCCCCCGCCCGCCUUACCUUCAGGCAAGAUCGUGCCAAAUCCGCCAUCGCACUCGAUCUCCCACAUGGGCUCGCUGUGCGUCUGGUCGGCUCCGUCAACGUUCUUGUCCUGCACUCGCUCGCCGCUAACAAGAUCUGGGUUUUGGGCGGGAAAAUAGUGGGGCAGGACGGUGAUGGGCAAAACGAGGUGGUUCUUAACAAGUGUGCUGUCAUCGAUUGUGUCCGGCCAAUUUACUCCGUCGAGAUCGCCAUGGGGUUUCUGCUACUUGGUGAGGUGGAUGGUGCUAGGGUCUUCCCGCUGAGGUCCCUCAUCAAGGGUAGAAGGGUUGUAAAACACAAGGGUUUGGAGACGAGAAGGAUGGCUGGAGCUCAAGCCCCAGACUUGCCUGCGGUUUCAUUGAAGAAGAGUCUCCCUAACGGGAUGACAAAUCAUGCUAUGAUCAGCACUUUCUCUACUUCUUCCAGUGCAUUUUCUGAUGUUCGGGUUGUUUGUUGCAAUGGCAAUAGGGAUGGUGGUAUGGAUGCGGGCAUGGGGAAAAUGGAUGAUGCAGAGGGUGCUUCUCUCUGUAAAUUUCAAACUGCAAAACUGAGGCAGGAUUCUGGUGAGUUUGGCUCAUUUUUUGUGUGUAUCAGGUGCAUAAAGGAUCACCCUUCUGAAAGUGGCACAGGAGCUCUUGCAUCCCUGAAAGCAGUUUCCAUCCAUGGUUUAAAUAAGAAAAAGUUUCUGAUCUUGGAUUCAGAGGGAUAUUUACAUCUCAUUGAUCUUCAUAGCACCAUUACAUCAUUAGAAGCAAAUGUUAAAUUUACCAUGAACCCAAAAGAUACGUAUGUAACGCGUUUUGAGCAUACCAUGAAAGUGCAAAUGCUGGCUGUUCCACCUGAUCUUUCUACAAGAAAGCAAGUUGUCUGGCUAUCAGAUGGUAGAUACUCUGUGCAUAUGAUGUCUGUGGGUGAUCUAGAAUAUCCUAUGAGUGUCAACAAUGAAGAUGAAAACAAGGAAAAGACAAUGCAUAUGGCUGUAAUACAAGCAAUAUUUACUGGGGAAAAGAUUCAGAAAAAUUGUACCUCUCGCUGCAGAUUCCAUUCUGAUUCUUUGUCAAGGAAACAUCUUUGUAUAUGCUGUCCUUUGAAGUUGGUGAUCAUUUCUUAUGUGAUGGAAAAUGUUGUGCUUGGCUGAACACAUACUGUUGGCAUCAACAUGCCGUCUUUGAUUGCAUAUGUUCAAGCAGGUCUAUGCCAACAUGAAGAGCAUCUUAUUCACCUGUGUAGGAAGUCAUGAGCAACAUAUAUCUUAUAUCCAAAAAGGCCCACCAGAUGAUGAAAGAGCUAUUCCAGGUGAAAUUCCAUUAAGUGAAUGCGCCAUGAUCAUUGGCAGGAACUACUUGUUUGCAAUUGGCUUGCCUGACUUGAGAAGAUGCUGUUUGAUCCUCCAUGUGGUUAUUGUAUGAUAUUGGUUCAAAUCUGCACCCAGUCAGAUAGUUACAUUUGGAGAAUCAAAUCACUUUCUGGUUGAAGAACUUCGGUAUGAGGCGCUUGACUCGUCUUGGUCAGGGAAAUGGUGAAAGUCAAGCCAAUCAUUAAACAUGCUUUCCUUGCUCAUGUUGUUCUAAACUUUCUUAUGUGGAAAACUACCACACUAGCACUCUUCUUCCACCACUUGUACUUUUAAUAUAUGGUAUUAAUUUUGUCCAUGAUGACUUUUUCUUUUUUUGUUUUUUUUAAUUUUUGAGUUGAAAUGUAUUACUAUAACAGCAGAA